AUGUCAUUAUUUACAAGGCUAUACCAGCCUCAGUCAAGAAGAAUGCUUUCUUCCAUAUCUUCUUUCUCUGCUCUGUCUGUAUUGCGUCCGCAAACUAACGUGCUUUUGAACGGUUCAUCAUUGAAGACCAUGCCCUUUACUCCAUUUGGAUUUGGCUUCAUCGGCCAGAGAAGAUGGAAGUCGAGGGGUAAUACCUAUCAACCCAGUACACUGAAACGGAAACGAACUUUUGGUUUCUUGGCCAGGGUUAAGAGCAAACAGGGCUCUAAAAUAUUGAAAAGGAGGAAGCUCAAGGGGAGGUGGUUUUUGUCUCAUUAA